CUAACCGAAGGCGACAAAACCAUCUACACACAGCCAUCCGCCACACACAAAGACACAGUAAUAGUGGCAGAAGCUGUGUUGGAUCCGUUUUGCGUUUUUGACACGCUUUCUGGAACCACGCAAAUUCGGCGGUGCCGCGUACAACUGCAGGACCAGGACCACGAAACCCCCCUAUGUGUUGAGUUGGUGGAUACGCCGGGAUAGAUAGUGAUGGGUCGGUCAAUGAGAUAUCUUGGGAGAUUGAACGCCGGCUGCAGAACACCUUGGAUGAUGAGAUGCGGCCGAGGAGGGAAAAAUCAUUUCAUUCUGCACAUAUACAUGCAGUCAUUUACGUGAUCCCACCGCCAGUAUACUCUAGCUCAGAAACCGACUCGCAUUGCCACCGGGUGGAUACCGCCAUGGAUGUGAUUUCCGAGAUAGACAUCCAAGCGAUCCGCGCCCUCGGCCAGUUUACCAGUGUCCUCCUGGCCAUUGGCAAAAGUGACACGAUGGAGAAAUCCGACCACCAAGUUUUAAAAAACACCACCUAUCGGUUUUACUCCCAGGUGAAUGAGCUGAUUAUGCCGACGAAAUUAUUUGACUUUACGGAUAUUCCCGGUACCCAGCGGGAAUCCCCAGAGGAAGUACGGGUGUUUGGGAGGAGGAUUUUGCGAGAAAUGCCGUUGUUUAUUUGUGGCAGCAAACAUGUGGAGGAAUGGCAGAAGAUGCGUUUACCAGAGUAUUUAAAGACAGAGGAGGGAGGCAGGAGCCCUGGGCGUGGCUGUGUGGCGGAUUGGCGGUCAUUGGGUUCGAAGCAUAACCGGGUUAGGUCCAGGUCUGUGAUGAUAACGGAGGGAAUAUUCCGUAACCGCAAGUCAUCCAACCCCACACCAAUAUUGCUGCCUGCCGACGAUACCCAGCUGCCAGAGAAAAACAGCAGUAAUGAGGAAAGUAUUUCCCCUUAUGCGCCCGUGGCUACCCGAUUGUCACAAUCAUUGGUGAUGCGCUCGGACACUGUGAGCAUUCAGAGAUAUGACCAGAAACGCGAAAUAUCCCUUGUGCGCGAGUUCGGAUGGGGCACCCUGCAGCUGAACAACCCAGAGCACUGCGACUUUGCAUUACUCGUGGACAUUUUGUUUCAUUCGUUUCGAAAGUCUCUGACUUGCUGGGCGGAUUUAUUUUAUUACGAGAGAUAUAGGAUGCAGAGGAUUGCCGCGGAUUCAAAAUAUUUCAGUAUACAUCAUGAAAUGAGCAAGUAUUUAAGAAUGGAGGUGGACCGGAGAGCUAUUCCGGUUAUUACAAAGCACCGGGUUGUGGAUGUUACGCCAGGGGAGAUUCGCGGCAUUUCAGUGGUGGCCAAAUCAGAGAAUAAUGCUGAUGUUAGUAGCGGUAGUCGGGAAGGAAAUCUGGACAAAGUCCGUGUUCCAAGCGGUAACGUGGACUAUACAUUUGGGUCGCCGUUUACAAUGCCGUUGAAACUGUCUGACAGGGAAAAUAACUUUGCGUCCAAUCGUGGCGAAUUUAACUUUUACUACGAACUGCCAACCACCAGUUCCCCUACAAGAUCUAUAUUACCAGAUACAGCCGCAUCAAAGCAAUUCUACUCCACACGCACUGUUGUCAAGUCACAGAAAGGUUCAAUUAUAUCUUCUUCUCUUUCUCUUUCUCUUCCGCUUCCGCUGCAGCCCACCACUCCCUUGGUUUCUGUUUCUGCCUCUGGUAGCAAUACGGCGAGCUCAAACAGGUCUUCUGCCGCAACAGCUAUUAAUACCAUCGUGGCCUUGUUCAACCCGCUGAUAAAUAUUAAGCGCCAUUCUGGUGAUAAUCACAGUGUCAAGGCGGAGCCUGUGCAGGUCAAUCGUGCAAAGCAGCGUGGGCGUCGGAAUACUACUAGCGCGUAGAAUGUUUUUUAUUUAUGACAAAUUUAGUAAUAAUAAAAUUUUAAUUGAUGUAU